CUGCAAAGGCAAGGGGAAGACAAGGAAGUUGACUCAACGAAUCAAGUGGCAGAAGGAUGCAAUCCUAGUGGAUGUAAAAUACAUAUUUCGUUGCACCCUGGCUGCAUAUUACUCAACAUAGCGCAUUUGAAUACGACCUGCAAGCCAGACAGUCCAACGAUAUUUCGUCUGAUUAAAUGCAUUGAUUAAAGCAACAUUAAUGGCUAUUUAAUUGUUGAUUUGAAACCCAUGGAAUGAUUUAAUCUUUCACAUGACUUUAACUUUUAUCAAAAGGGCUGUUGAGAUCUCAUUUGUUACUGCGGGCAAUAACACUUGCGCGCCUUGUCGAAAAUGUGAGCAUUUGGAUUUGAUUUCACCACGAAGGGAAACAUGUGUCGCUGGAAUGAAGUUAACAUGAACACUUCGAAUAGUCUGCAAUGAUAGCCGGGGAAUGUGGAACGACCAUGCAUCGAAUUCUGCAGAGGAGAAAAGUGCGCAAACUUCGCUUCGUCUGGGUAUUCAUGGCCAUGGUGGCUCUGUCGCUCGCCGCCUGCAGCGCACUAUUUACGGCGUGGACCUGGAGACAGACGCUGGACCUGUCCCAGUCCGUUAAAACUCUGCAAAACCGAUUGGAGCAAGUGAACACUCAGCGUAAGGCCAUUGUCCAACUCAUCAUGGAGAAGAGAGAGUUGCUGGUGGGGCAAAGGGUGAAAAGAGAUGGGGGAACUGGGAAAGGGAAGAGUGGAAAUGGAAAGAAAGUGGCUUCUCAAUUUGAGAUAACCAAAGACACUGUUCAGAAAGUGGGAGCUGAUGGCUUGAUAAAAGGAUGGACGGACUCGGAGCAGUUGAAUAUGAGCAAAGCGGUGAAGUACAACACAGACAGAGGCACCUUCACAGUGGAGAGAGCUGGAGUCUACUUCCUCUACUGUCAGGUGUUGUUCAAUGAGAAUCAGUCUCAGCUGGUGAAGUUGGAAGUGGCGGUGGUGAAGAGCGGCCAGCCGCAGCAGAAGCUGCAGUGCAUGGAGGGCUAUGGGACUACGCCUGCAUCCGGAUCCCACCAGUUCCACUUUCUCAAACCCUGCCAGGUGUCUGGCCUGCUGCGGCUAGAGAAGGGGGCGGAGCUACAGGCCAUCACAGGCGCCGGCUUCAGCCUCCACACCACAGGGAAGCACUACUUCAGCCUCUUCAAGGUCAACUGAGUUGCUGGAGAGGAUGGAAAUAUUGGAAGGAUGGAGGGGGUGGAAAAAUGGUUGAAGGAAGCGUUUUGUCCUACUCCGUGUAUUAAUGAGACACACCAACGUGACAUUCCUCAUUUGUUUUAUUGUGAAAUCUGGACCAAUGAUCUGGAGCAUUGGAAUAACUAUGGAUCAUGUUCGCUACAGACACUUUGUAUCAGAGGAGGCUGGUGGGAGGAGCUAUAUGAGGACUGGCUCAUUGUAAUGGC